CAUCAACUUUGUCCCUACUGUUUACACAAACACGUUACUCAUACCCUCUUUGCUGGGCUCCGUCCUGCUUAAGAGCAGAGUCACAUCUUGUCCUGGUGGUAAAGCAGAGCAGGUAGACGCACAGGAAGAGGGGGAAACAUGUUUUUUACGACUCUGCUCCGUCUGCUGUUACUGCGGCCUGGCUUCGCUGCUCUAAUGACUUCUCCAUUGGAUGGGCUUUUUCAUCAGUCCUCCAGUCAAAGAGACACAGUUUCUGCUCCUGGCUAUUCUGAUGCCUCGGCAAAUGAGCGGCUGCGUCGGUCGGCUCUGAUGCCUGAUAUCACACAUUUGGAGCUGCUGGUGGUGGUCGGGCCUGAUGUCUAUCAGGUCCACAAGCAGGAUACGGAACGAUACAUCCUCACCAACCUCAAUAUUGCCUCAGAGCUGUUGAGAGACAUGGCCCUGGGAGCCAACAUGAGGGUGCACCUGGUCCGCAUGAUCAUCCUGACAGAGCCAGAGCCAGAGAUCCAAAUGUCUACAAAUAUCACCUCCUCUCUUAGAAGUGUAUGUGACUGGGGCAGAAGGAUAAACCCCUCGAACGAUACAGAUCCACUACAUGCUGAUCUUCUCUUAUACAUUACAAGGUACGACCUAGUGUUGCCGGAUGGAAACAAGCAGGUCAGGGGUGUGGCUCAGCUGGGAGGGGCUUGUUCCAGUGAAUGGAGCUGCGUGAUCACAGAGGACACCGGCUUUGACCUAGGUAUCACCAUCACUCAUGAGAUUGGCCACAGUUUUGGAAUCAACCAUGACGGCGUAGAAAAUACCUGCAGCAGGAGUGGGUUUAUGAUGGCCUCAGACGGAGGCUACAACAGUGUGGAUCUGACCUGGUCUCCCUGCAGCAGACAGCAGCUGUUCACAUUCUUCAGUGAAGGGAAAGCUGAAUGUGUAAAGGACCUGCCUGCACUGGGAGGAUCCCUACAAGACUGGAAGCCUGGUCUAUACUAUGGAGUCGAUGACCAGUGCCGCAUAGCAUUUGGCAGCACUGCGAGAGCCUGCUCCUUCACCAAUCCUGACCUGCCAGCUUGUCGGGUCCUGUCCUGUCACAUUAACCCGGAUGAUGACAGCUCCUGCAAACGUCUCCUGGUCCCACUUCUGGACGGGACAGAGUGUGCACCUAAUCAGUGGUGUCUGAAGGGGCGUUGUGUGUCUUCAGGUGAGCUCAGCUCCUCUGUAGUGGUGCAUGGCUCCUGGUCUAACUGGUCUGAGUUCUCCCCCUGCUCACGGACAUGUGGCGGGGGAGUCACUCACCGCACACGGAAAUGCAAUAACCCAAGACCUGCUUUUGGAGGGAAUUACUGUGAGGGAACAGAUAUCGAGGCUGAACUUUGUCACCAGCAGACAUGUGAACGUACCCAGCUGGAAUUCAUGGCAGAGCAGUGUUCCCAAACAGACCUCCACCCCCUCUACCUGCAACCAAACACUGCCUCCUUCUACACCUGGAUCCCUGCUUUAGGCUUUGCACAAGGAGAUGAGCAGUGCAGAUAUAUGUGCCAGUCAAAUGGAGAAAACUUUAUAGUGAGCCGUGGCUCUCAGUUUGUGGACGGGACUCGCUGUGAGCCAGACAACCUGCCUCCCUUUGGCUCCACAGCUGCCUGUCUAAGAGGCAAAUGUGAGCUGUUUGGCUGUGAUGGUGUGCUGCACUCUGGGAAAGUGAGGGAUGUGUGUGGGGUGUGUGGUGGAGAUGGAUCGUCCUGCAGUUUGACCUCUGACUCCUACACUGGCGGUCAGGCCAGAGAGUACACCACCUUCCUCUCUCUGCCUGUGAAUGCCACACAGGUUCAUAUUGUCAACAGGGCACCUCUGUUCACUCACAUGGCUGUAAUGUCUGGGGAUCAGUACAUUGUGUCAGGGAUGGGGAUUAUGGCACUGAAUAUGACCCACCCCUCCUCACUGGAUGAUAACCACCUUGAGUAUCACCUCCACCUGACCCCUGACCUUUUGCCUGAGGUGGAGGAGCUGCUGCUGCCAGGACCGCUGUCAGAAGAGAUAAACAUACAGGUCUAUCGCAAAUAUGGAAAAGAAUAUGGAGAGAAAACAAAUCCAAACAUCAGUUACCAGUUCUAUGUACCCACCAAAAAUAGCGACUUGACAGACAUCACACCAAAAGGAAAAUGGGCUGUCUUCACAACACCCUGCUCUGUCUCCUGUGGAUCAGGUGUACAGAAGCAUGCAAAUAUCUGUGUAGAUGAAAAUACCAACAACCAUUUGGAGGAACACAACUGUGAAACACCUCCUCCACCCAUACCACUCCACACAAGCUGUCAGCUCUCACCCUGUCCCCCCAGGUGGGAUACGGGGGUGUUUGGGCCUUGCAGUGCCUCAUGCGGUGGAGGAGAGAGAGUGCGUCCUGUAAGAUGUGUUCAGGAAGAUGGAGCUGACGCGGUGGAGGUUCCAGAUUCUGAAUGCCCACCUGACACAGCUCCAAAUACUAUUGCAAAAUGCAACCUGGAACACUGUCCUGCCAGAUGGCAUGUGUCAGAUCCAGAGGAAUGUUCAGCGGUGUGCGGGCCAGGAGAAGCAAAACGCGUCGUGUCAUGUGUCCGGCCAGAGGAUGGUCGGGAUGUUGAAGUGGAUCACAGCUUUUGUUCUUUGCAAAUUAAACCAUCUGAUUCUGUGCCCUGUGUGGUUGACGUUUGUCCCAUUGGUUGGGAAUCUACAGGAGAGGAACAGCCUCUGCUGAAAUCUGGUCUGUCACCACGCUCUAGACAAGCUCCUGUGUAUGUCUGGAGUCCUGUUAUCAGUCAGUGCUCAAAGACCUGUGGCAAUGGAACCCUGCAGGUGUGGUUCUCAUGUGUGGACCACCAGACCAGACUGAGGGUGACUGACGUCCACUGCGAUGCCUCCACCAAACCCCCUCCUCAGUCUGAGAGCUGCAACACAUCUCCCUGUCCCCCAGUGUGGCGCUCUAAGCAAGGAGUCUGCAGUGUAACAUGUGGAGGAGGGGUGGCCAACAGGGUGCUGUACUGUGCCAGAGAAACAGAAGGGGAGGAGGUGGUGGUGGAGGAUUCAGAGUGCAGUGACUUUCCCAAACCCACAGCAGUGGUUUCAUGUAACGACCACAGCUGCCCAGCAAGGUGGAAGGUCUUCAGCACAUCGGCCUGCUCGGCUUCCUGUGAUUUGGGUGUAGCUCAGAGGACGGUGUCUUGCUUCCAGUUUGUCCAAGGCAAAGAGAGCGUGGUGUCGGAGGAAAGCUGCCGUGCAGCUGUCAAACCAGCCACCACAGUGCCCUGCCUGGUGCAGGUGUGCACCUUUAGGUGGGAGGUGAAACCAUGGAGUCAGUGUUCAGUCCCCUGUGGAUAUGGGAUCCAGUCCAGAGCUGUGUCCUGCAUGGGCCCGUCUAAGCCGGAGCCCCUCAGCCCUCUGUUUUGUAUGCAUAUGCCUAAACCCAUCACCAUCCAGGGCUGCUACGCUGGUGGCUGUGGAGAUGUGCCACCCACCUCACAUGCCACCACUGCAGUUACACCUCAGCACCCACUGGAUCAUCCUUCUCCAAGUCCAACAGAGGCAAUCACCGCCACACUGGCCACUACAACGACUGCCCCAACACCUAAACCCAGUGCAUGUGGACAGCUGCUCCUGGAAGAAUCAGGCGUGGUGGACUUGAAAGACGUGACCAGUAGCUGCACAGUUUCCAUAGGUCGACCUCUGGAUGAAGUCAUUCAUGUUAAAGUGGAUUCUGGCUCCUUGGACUGCAGAAAAAAAGAGUUUGUUGCAUUUUUCGACCGACUGGCAUUUGUGAGAAAAUGCGAGCAGGUAGCGGGCAGCGAACUGACCACCAGAACCAAUGUCCUGCUUGUGCGUCAAAAUGUGCUCACCCCUGGGAACGGGGUUGUGUUUACCUACAGUUCACAGAAAAACACAAAGAAGAGCCAUCAUCGGGAUUGUGACAUUCAGCUGUUUUCCCCAAUUGGUGUCUUUGAGAAUCCAACUACAACCAGCACUAACCACACCUGUCGAGUCCUCAUCAACGCCCCUCCCUCAGUCAAGAUCAGAAUUCAAGCGCUGCACAUUGGAUUAGUAUUCAACUCCACCAACUCCCCGUCUACAUACAUUAUGAUCCGGGACAUGGAUAUGUUGAAGACCAACGUGUUUAAAGGCCAACAGCUGUUUCAGUGGCAGUCCUCUGGAAAUAUGGCUGAGAUUGAAUUUCAUGGACACUACCUACAUUCCAAAGGAAGCUUCAGAGCUGAAUAUUCUUUUGUGCGUCGUUGAUACUCGAUAUUAACUAUUUUCAGGAACUAUUUUCACUGUUUUUAAAUUUCUGUUCAACAUUUAUUUGGUCAAAGGUCCAGUGUGUAUGAUUUGGUGGGA